GGAAGUUAGGCUAGCAUUUUAGCUCGGUAGUCUUUGACAACAAAAAUAAAAAAGUGUACUGUAUGACCAAGCCAUAGUCAGAACGUUUUGCCAACAAGGAGGAUGGCAUUGGCGUUCAACAAGUCUACAAGUAGGCCCUAGCUCCAACCCCUAAUCCAUCCCUGAGCAGAAAGGAUGUCCAGUGACGUGGAACGGCUGUUGAUCCAGUUUCAGGAUGAAGCGGGGGAGCCGCUGGGUUCUCCCUUUGAUGUCCCGCUGGACAUCACACCUGACAAGCUACAGCUGGUCUGCAAUGCACUGCUACAGAAGGAGGAGCCGGUACCAUUGGCGUUCUUUGUGCGUGGCGAGGCGGAGGUGUUAGAGAGCCUGAGGGUGUGUGUGAAGGCCUUGGGGGCGGAGACUGAGACGGUUCUGCCCGUAGUGUACCAACCCCAGGCGGUGUUCAGGGUCAGGGCUGUUGCUCGCUGUACCUCCUCACUACAGGGACACACAGAGGCUGUCAUCUCCGCUGCAUUCAGCCCUACUGGGAAGUACCUGGCCAGUGGUUCUGGAGACACUACAGUGAGGUUCUGGGACCUGACCACUGAGACACCACAACAUACCUCCAGAGGCCACUCCCACUGGGUGCUGACUAUUUCCUGGUCACCUGACGGAAGGAAGCUGGCCUCUGGCUGCAAGAACAGCCAGAUCUGUAUAUGGGACCCAGUGACAGGACAGCAGAUGGGGAAGACCCUGGCAGGACACACCAAGUGGAUCACAUGGAUCUCCUGGGAACCUCUACACCUUAACCCAGAGUGCCGUUACCUGGCUAGCAGCAGUAAGGACGGGGCGGUGAGGGUUUGGGACGUUGUGUUGGGUCGCUGUGAGAGGAUCCUGACGGGGCACACCCAGUCUGUUACCUGUGUGAAGUGGGGAGGAGACGGACUGCUAUACACAUCAUCACAGGACAGGACCAUUAAAGUCUGGAGGGCUAAAGACGGGGUCCAGUGCAGGACUCUUCAAGGCCAUGCUCACUGGGUCAACACCCUGGCUCUCAGUACUGACUAUGUGCUACGGACCGGCGCCUUUGAACCCGCUGACGCUACCAUCAACCCCCAGGACCAGACUGGCACAUUUGAGGAGCUCAAAGAGAAAGCCUUGCAGAGAUACAACAAAGUCAGGGGUGAGGCCCCGGAGCGUCUUGUGUCGGGCUCUGAUGACUUCACCUUGUUCCUCUGGAACCCAGCAGAGGAUAAAAAGCCUCUGGCGAGACUGACGGGUCACAGCGCUCUGGUCAACGAGGUCUUGUUCUCCCCCGACACACGCCUCCUUGCCUCUGCUUCCUUCGACAAGUCCAUCAAGAUCUGGGACGGACGCACCGGAAAGUACCUACAGUCCCUGCGUGGUCAUGUAGGAGCAGUGUACCAGGUGGCGUGGUCAGCAGACAGUAGACUGAUGGUCAGUGGGUCCAGUGACUCCACUCUGAAGGUCUGGGACAUCAAGACUGGCAAACUACACACUGAUCUACCUGGACACGCAGAUGAGGUGUUUGCAGUGGACUGGAGUCCUGAUGGCCAGAGAGUAGUCAGUGGAGGAAAAGACAAGUGUCUCAGAAUAUGGAGGAGGUAGCCACACCAAUCACGUGCCUUACUAGCCCCUGUCUCCACCAAUCAGGAAGCCAGGAUGACGGACAGAAGGCGGGGCCAGUUGUCUGAGACUUCCUGGUCCUACAUUGGAACAUAAUGCCCUGCUUUACCUGUCAACAAUAACCACACUUACUGAGGACUGCCGAUCAAAGUGAUGUAGGAGGGAGAGCGUGAUGAGAAAUGGAGAGGAGGAUAUAACCAGAGGCAUGGAAGUAGAGGUGGGAGUAGUGGAGGGAGCCUGAGGCUAGUAAGGUACAAUAUCUAAUAGGUGUGUGUUGACGUCUAUACCUGAGCCCUAGCUGGCAGGUACACAGCAAGGGGACUGUAGGACUAAAGUCUUAAUACAGGUUGUUGGAACACUUGGUGUCUUCUAUUAAUGCAGCCUCUCGCUCAAGGUUAAUAUAGUAAAGUAAAACUAAUCAGGAAAAAAGUAUUUAGUCAAUUAAAAAAUAAAUAUAAUUAACAAACCCGUUUGAAAAAUGAAAACUAUAUUUGACUCCAACUACUUAAAAAUAAAAGCCAUCAUGAAUGAUCAGUUUUAGUUUUUUUCCCUAAUGUUCUGCAUAAAUGUAAUUGGGUUUAAGGUUUUGGGGGGGUCAAGCUACUGAAUCUGGAGGGUAAAUGCGGCCAGAAGAUGGCGAUAUUUCAAAUAGGCCUAGCUUGUGUAUCACUAGCUAACAGGAAAUAAUUGCUAGGUAGUACAUCUAAAUGUACUACUAAAGUUGAAAAGUAUUGGAUUGGUGUUAACAUGUGCAACAGGGUUUCCUUCUAUAUCUUUGGCACCAGUCACAUUUAUAAUUUAAACAUAUAACCUAUGACCAUCACCUUUUGUAUUACUGCCCCCCAGUGGCAAGAAGUUAACCCCCCCUUCUCCUAGCCUCCCAAGCAUGCUUUCUAUCCCUAACACUAAAUCUAAAACCGAAACGAAAUAGCAAUUUACAAACGAAAUAGCAAUUUUUCUAUACAACUCAAACUAUAAUAGCCUCCCUCGCCCUGGCUGCUUCUGACCUGCUGGUUCUCUCUUGACUAAUAAAGCCUACUUUCCUGACACAUACUCUGUCUCUGCUCUAAUCCUCUGUGGUCAGUCAACUGCAAGGCUGAAGGGCGAAGUCCUGCCCUGCUGCUUCCCUCUACAUUAGUGACAGGAUCAUUAGCUGCUCUGUUCUUUGACUGACUGGUCCUCUAUACCUAGCCUAAUGGCUCUAUUUUUAAGUUAUCUGCUGUGUCUUAUCUAGUCACUGUCUGAAGGACUACUCCCUCUGUAUUCUACUAUGUAAACCAAGAUCAUAGUGCUUCAUUAUUAAACACAGUAGAUAUCGCAG